AAUCGACCAUGAGGGAGUGGUUGACAGUGACCACACACACAAUCAUACACAAACAGACAGACCCCUUCCAUUACGCCAGCACCAGUGACAAACAGACUACAGCGCAGCACUUACAGUUACACCACCCAGAUACAUUCUAGUUCAAACCAGACCUUCGCACAUGUCGAGGCAACAAUUUGACGAGUAUCGACAGGAAUAUUCGUUGUUACUCCAACAGAUACUGGCCAGUCAGGAUGCCUUAACGACGGCGCCACUCGUCGACGAAUGUCAAAUUUUGUUGGAUCAAAUGAAACUGGAAGCACGAUGUUGCCCCGACCGCUCCAUCCAAACCGAACUCUGGGAACGUCACGCGUUGUGCGUCACACAGUUGACCGACUGGCACGACCUUUCCUCCCCCGGAUCGUCCGGUCCGGAUCGGAGCGUCGCCGUGCCCACACACUCCCCUCGUACCGAUGCACGGGACCACUUUCGUGUUUCCAACGAAACUCUGGAACGGGCUCGGCGGGUCGCGGCGGACACCGAACAAGUGGGUGCGCAAAUCGUGUCCGAAUUGCGGGAACAGCGGGAAACCAUCCAAACAUCCCAGGCCCGUGUCCGAGUCAUGCAUUCACUCACCGAUACCGCCAAUGGUAUUGUGACGAACAUGUCCCAACCCUGGUGGCGACGGCGGUAACGCGGAAACGGAUUGACGUUAGGUGCAAUAGAUAAAUACGUGUGAUUGGAUGUCGUAAAGGUCAUUCCGGACACACCGUUCCGCUUUCGUGUUCCGCUUUCAAGGCAAUGCGUGGAUACGCUAGACUGCUGCUCUACGUGAACAACGGUUUGUAUGCUAUGGUAUGCUAAAGAUUUCGGUCCUUGUAAGAUGGCGCUUCCUGAAUCGUAAGUUCCAAUAAUUGCCCGGACUGGCCGUGGCUACCAACACUUAUUUUUAGAUACGCGGCCAAUAGUCGAGUCUCGGAAUCAGCAAAAUCAUGAUACGCUGGCUCGAAGGAAUUGACGCCCGUAUGCAGCACAUACUCACGAAAGUCCAUACUACGGGUGCCAAGGGCGUGGUCGGCAUUCUUCCCCGCUACCAAGGGGACCACCGAAUUGUCUGCACAGUUCAUGGCCACGACGGUGACCUGUAGACUUUGGAGAGCAUCCUUCUGAUAGCGGCGUAAUGGCUGCAUCCAGGAAAGCUUGUCCACCGAUUGCUUGUUGUGGUAUCGAAGAAAUCGUGUAAACUCGAGACUUUCGUAGUCGACAUCCGUCUGCUCCAAGCAAAAGUGCACAGAUGACGACCUUGCCUCAAUAAGAUCUGGAGCCUGGGGUACAAUUUGCUCACGUAGUACCGUCGGUCCAUGAGAUAUCCGGACGAAGUAUACGAAAGGCCUGGGCCGGAAAUAGGCUAAAUUACAGGGAAGGCCGAGUGGCGCCUUUGUGAGCGCCGCCAAAUAACGUGCACGGUACCAGGUUUGUACUUUGUUGCGCAUUGGAACUAUUCCUCGGUCUCGCUCCCAGUAGAUUGCAUUGCUGGCACCGCCAUAUAGGUGCUUUUCUACUACGUUGGCCCAUAUGUGAUCGAGUCUGGCGCUUUGUACCAGAAGAGCACGACAACACUGUUCCAGAUUGCUCAAAUCAUGCGGAUUUAAAAAUUCCAAAAUGCAGGAAGUUAGGCAGUCGGAGAGGUUGAACAGCUGACUCACUGUCGGCAUAUUCCUCUCUAAUGUAAAUAUCUUGGGCAACGAUUUUGAAUG